AUGAACCUUUUUCAGCCAGGUGCAGUUGCCUGCAGCGGGCGUUCACGUUGGUCGAGGGCAAGUGCCGCUUGGGCCCCAACCCUGGGUGCGCCCGCCCCCCUUCUGCCCCCGAAGCUGGGGGAGAGCACCUCAACGGCUGCUGUUGGGAGUCUUCUCCCCAUCUGGGCCUGCUUCUCCCUCGCCAGGCCCCAUAGCGGCCCGCUGCGAUUCUUCUUCGGCCUGGGUCGCCUCGUGAAGCUGGUUGUGCAUGGGCAAACAGAGAAGCCCACCGAGCCCACCGAGCCCACCAAACCCACCGAGUCCACCGGUAAGUCUGCAAGUCUCAUCAGGGGCAAGCGCCAGGAACUGAUAGCCCGAUUAUGA